UACAAGGCCUAUUAUAUUCAUCACUAAUGGAAUGGAAAUAUUUUGGUGUGAAACCUAAAAAAAACCCUGCCAUGAUCAUCCAAUAUAUUGCGCUGGAGAUUCCCAUUUUGUGCACCCUUAUCAUUUUGUGGAUUUAUUGCUGCCAUUUUGCAAAGAAGAGCAGAGAAGCAGAAAGCUGCCCCCCGUUGAGGCCCACUUACUCCCCGUCUGUUUACGUCAUCCCCUUGUAUGAGGAGGAGCGGGAGGAAGAGGAGGACGAAGAAGUAAUGGACACAUAUGAAGCCUAUUUUGAGCCUCCUUACAGAGACCCCCCAAUGUACAGCUCCGGAGAUGUCAGUCCACCUCCUCCUUACAGGCUUGAUCCACCAUCCUACCCGGACCUCCCACCAUCAUACACAGACCCUCCACCUUACUCAGAACAACCCUAAUCCUCCUCCUCCACUUCAAAUACCCUCUCAUCUGUACAUACUGUACUUUUUAUUACAGGGCAGAUCUAUGGAAUCAACAGAGAGAUAUUAACUUCGCAAAAUGUGCAGGAAAAGAACUGUAUUAAUGAUAAACUUCAGCCCUGCUUUUACAACUAAAAUCAGGGCCAGCAUUUGCAAUUUAAAUGCCUUUUUUGUAAAUGUACUUGUACACUCUGCCUUGAAUCUGUAUCUAGAAUUUAAAAGCCUUAGUGUGACCUCAGUUGUUAUGUCCUGACAAGUCUUUUCUUGGCUUUCUUACAACUGAAGUGUUUUUUCUGAGCAUUAUUUCAUAGAGCUACAUCUUUUUGGCAUAUAUAUGAUUAAUCUGUCUGUAAACAAUCCACUAUAUGGAAAGGACAAUCUUUAACAUGCGUGACAUGCAGCAAAGGGCUGCAGACUGGAAUCGAGGCCGUGGCUACUGCGGCAAGGACGUUGCCUCCGUAUAUGGGACGCCUGCUCUACCCACUAAGCCACCAGGCACCUGAAAGGAAAUCUUUAACUGGUACAGCUACUAAAGUUCCACAGACAACCCAGUUAAAACCCCAGUAAACCACACCAUACAUAUGUAUGUUUUGACAAAAGACAUAAGUUGUUUACAUGUUUUACUGUUCACAGCUUUCCUUGCAUUUUUUCAUACUUUUAAAUUUCCUUUAUUAUGUCAUAUACUCUAUGUGCCUGUGCAAAUUGGUCCCAGGGAACAAAUAAACUGUUUUGAAUUGGA